GCGUUGCCGCUGUCGUCUGUGUGUAGUCUUUGAAAAGUGUUUUUGGCCUCCAUUUGUCUUUUUUUUUAUAUCCGUUGUAAAUUGUGAAUACGGGAAGAUGGUCACUGAUGUUAUUGAUUAUCAGCAAAAUUGUAUCCAGAUUUGUGUUUUUCCAGUUCUUACGGACAAUUAGUUGUUAAGUCUCAUUCGUUCCUCUUGCAAAGACGUUUUUUUUUAUGGUGGCCAUGUUUUUUAACAGAUAUUGCUCAAAAUUUACACACAUGUCAUUCCCCCAAAAGUGUUUUGCAAUAAUUUGGCAAAGCACCCAAAAGUUAUGGUGGGUGUUAUUUUGGGAAAUUACAAGUCAAUCUGACGUAUGGAGUUUAAUAACAGCGACACCUUGUGGUGCAUUUGUCUGAAAAAUAACACAGUGGUGCAUGCAGCGUUUCAGCAGUAGAAGAGUUAAAGCAAAGGUUGUGCUCAUGUUUUCACAUGCAGCUGCAACAGCUUGCUUCCAUUAUUAUUUACAGUGUCAAACAAUGUUUGGGAUCCAGGACGGUUUAAUCCUGAGGAUGAGCCAGAGUCAGAACAAAAACACACUCUACGACUAGACUAAACAACCUGGAUGGUGUGAUUUUAUCUCAGAAAAUGUUCUUCUUCACUCUGCAAACACAUGAAAAAAGCCCCAAUAAAGUUCAUCCUUAUCGUGUAUGCAAAUAAAGGCAUGGCAGUUUAAAGGUAAGGUUCAAGGUGCGUGCUUGGGUUGCAAUAAAUCAGCUAUUAGGCUAAGUUGGGGGCACAUGUUAAAUGCAUCCACACCACAGAGCAGGAUCAUGAAUCUGACUGCUCAGGAUCACAGAAUUCCUCUCAGGGACGGGAACCGCAUCCCACUGCUGGGACUGGGCACAUAUGGAGACCCUCGAACGACGCCAAAGGGGACGGCGCUGGAAUGCGUCAAGCUGGCCAUCGAGGUGGGCUACAGGCACUUUGAUGGCGCCUUAGUCUACUUCAACGAACACGAGGUGGGUCGUGCCAUCAGGGAAAAGAUUGCAGACGGAACCGUGACAAGAGAGGACAUCUUUUACUGUGGAAAGCUAUGGAAUACCUUUCAUCCACCAGAACUGGUGAGACCGGCCUUGGAGAGAACCCUGAAGACACUGAAACUGGACUACGUGGAUCUCUACAUCAUUGAACUUCCCAUGGCCUUCAAGCCCGGAAAUGAGUUCUACCCAAAAGACCAGAAUGGAAAGUACAUCUACCACCACACAGACCUCUGUGCAACAUGGGAGGCGUUAGAGGCGUGUGUGGACGCUGGUCUUGUGAAGUCUCUGGGGGUGUCCAACUUUAACCGCAGACAACUUGAGCUCCUUCUCAACAAACCAGGCCUCAAACACAAGCCUGUGUCCAACCAGGUAGAAUGUCACCCUUACUUCACGCAGCCCCAACUUCUGGACUAUUGCCGUCAAAAUGACAUUGUCAUCGUUGGCUACUGUCCCCUCGGUUCCUCCAGAGAUGAAUCCUGGGUGAAUGUCAAGUGUCCUCCGAUGCUGGAGGAUGAGCUGCUGGCGUCCAUUGGCAGGAAGUACAACAAGAGCAGUGCUCAGGUUGCUCUGCGCUUUAACGUGCAGAGAGGAGUGGUGGUCAUUCCCAAGAGCUUCAGCCCGCAAAGGAUCCGGCACAACUUCCAGAUAUUUGAUUUUUCACUCACCGAGGAAGAAAUGAAAGCCAUCGAAGGUUUGAACAAGAACAUACGCUUUGUGGAACUCCUAAUGUGGAGCGACCAUCCGGAAUAUCCCUUUCAUGAUGAAUUCUAAUGUAAAUGGGUGAUAUGCAUGCAUUACAAUUAAAAGCAAUAAUAAUAUAAUAAUAAAAACACAUGGACUGCAA